AUGUCUCAUGAAAACCCUACAAUUCAGGCCGCAUGUGCCUCGGGCUCGCUCGAAUCUCUCAAGAAUGCAAUCCCUACGGCAUCUACGGAAGAACUCAACUCGGCUCUUUGCGAUUCCUGUGCUUCUGGAAACGUUUCCUUCGCUGAGGCUCUACUUGAAUGCCCCAGGACGGAUGUCAAUGCCGUCAAGGAUGGCAGGACUACCUUGUUCAUUGCAGUGAGCCAUUGUUACUUGGAAGUGGUUCGGCUGCUCGUGGACCACGGGGCCGACGCACGUUUGAAGUCAUGGGAGGAGCCCCCCUCAUCUUCACAGUCUAAGAUAGAGCCUAUCUUCACACCCCUCCAUGGUUUCCUGAGACCGCGUCGGGAGAGACGACAAUCAGAUCCCUUGCCGAGCGAGGUCUUUCCCGAGCUGCUGCCCUUACUUCUGCGCGCAGGAUGCGAUCUGAACGCCCGGGACGCAACGGGAAGAACUGUCCUACAUGAAUCUGUUCAUGACAAUAUGCCAUAUACAAAGUUGCUCAUUGAAAGUGGAGCAGACGUAAAUGCUGUGGACGACUCUGGAUCUACCCCGUUACAUCUCCUGAGUUUACAUAAAUCAGGAGAUAUUUUCCAACUGUUUCUAAAUCGCGGGGCGAAGCUCGAUGUGAAAAGAGUGUCUGAUGGCCAGUCUCCGUUGCAAUGCUUUGCUGCUCAGGGCCAGUUAGGCGACCUUUCUCUGUUUCGACCUGACGUUUCCAGUUGGAAUGACACUGAUGCUAAAGGUAAUACACUGUUACAUCUUGCUGCGAGGGGUCAUCGACCCGGCAGUCGGACGAUAUCUGAGCUGCUUAAGCUCGGCCUGCCUGUCGAUUACGAGCGACAAGUUACUUUUUUAAUCAAGCGAGGAGCCAAUGUUAACACACAGAACUACAAAGGCAACGGAGUGUUACAUUAUAAACGCGGCAACGGCCGUCGAGGAAAUGAAGCGCUUGAAUUUUUGUUAUCCAUCGGAGCAGAUCCAAACAUGGCAAAUUAUGAGGGAGACACCGUUCUACAUCGUCUCGCAGCGGACUUUGCCUCAUUCUCGGACGAAAGCGACAUAUAUAUCAUCCAGAAGCUGUUGGAUGCGGGAGUGUCCCCAACCCAGGCUAACUUCAAGGGUCAAACACCACUGUAUCUCCUGUCGGAUCAUGAUGGCAUACGGCCAAUUCAUCUGGCGGCUAGCUGCUCCGAGACGUUGGUGGCCAGACUUAUCGAUCUCGGUGCAGAUACCACAGCGGUGACUGGUGACGGCAGGAAUCUGCUUCAUAUUGCAUCCACAGCACGCCAAGCCAAUAUUGUUGGGCUUCUACUUGAGCAUUAUACCUCGAUCAACCAGCUUUCACUCGUGAACAAACGAUGCAAGAAUGGCCGCACACCUUUACAUGAUGCAUGCCGAUCAGGGAGAUUGGAAACAGUAAGCCUUUUGCUUGAAUUUGGAGCCGAUGUCAACGCAGAAGUCGACGCAAAAUACCAUCGUGGAGAGACACCUCUGCUGGUCUGCUGUGAAUAUGCGAAGGAAGAACAGAGAUGGCCGGUCCAUUUAGAACUUCCUGAGCUCGAUGGUAAGGUCAGCGCUGCUGGAAUCUUGUCAAAGGACGAGAAAAGGCCCAACCUACCACAACUCAUCGAUAAGGUCUCACGAGAGGCCAUACGACGAUUGGAAGUGACCUCUGAGAAUGACACCACAAAUGUGACUGGGAUUCUUCGGGCUCUCGUCGCCCAUGGGGCUACACUCACUCAUUGGCCCUCUCGCAUGUCCCCUAUGGCGGAAGCUGUCUUUAGUGGAUCCGAGGAGCUGGUGUCAGAGCUUGGACGACUGAUGGAACAACAUGGCUUAGAGACCAUGCGGUUUCCGGAUUUUGGAUAUAUGUAUCUCACACUUACUUCUCGGCACCUCCCAGACAUUCUUGACGUUUGCUUCAGGGAGUCCGUUAGCGACCGUACGGUUGCUCGCCUCUUACUUCUCCGACAGUAUCAUGCCCUAGCUGAAGGGUUGGAAAAACAUGCAGACACAGCACAUGUACAGACCGCCCUCCCUGGGAUCCUUGUGAACCUCGCAAAAUGGGGCUACGCCGACCUCUUCAAACGCCUAGGAAACCUCAUGGCGGAUCCAGGUUGGAUUAACGGUGGAGUGAACACGUUGAAGAAGCAGCUCAUGCCGUAUCUUCUGAUAGCCGCAGAGCGAAAAGUCCCCAACCUGGAGGUCAUUAAGGUCAUAGUGGAACACUUCAAAGCAGAUAUCAACGUCCAGUUCCAACCAGGAAUAGAGAUUCGACCAAAACUCCCCUUCCAAUCAACAAUAUGGCUAAGACGGGCCUACCAACCCGGCGAAAGUGCUUUACAUUACCUUGCCAAAGGAGGUCAGUGGUGGCAUACGAAAGCAGUUCAAUACCUGCUCCAGCAUGGCGCUAACCCUAACCUCCAAAUGCACAAAUCCCUAUCCGAAUCACAUCAACGAAAGAAGAUUGUCAAAACUUUGCUCGAAGCUGGCGCUGACCCCAACAUGCCAAGCUAUAACGGCUGGUCCCCAUUGAGUCUGGCAACCCGGGUAUUGUUCACCACACUAGACAACUUAAACCUCGAUAUCCUAUCCCUCCUUCAGGAGAGCGGCAUCAACUGCAACACGACUACCGUACAAAAAGAAGGCAAUAACCUAACAAACUUCACCCUCCACGCUCUCCACUACCUAUCAAUGCCAAAAUUCAACGAGUCAAACACCCGAGACAGCGCCAUUAAGUUUAUCAAAUACCUAUUACAACAAGGCGCAGACCCCUUCCGCGCCUGUAGCGACGAAACCACAAUCCUUCACCACAUUUUCGAGCACGGCGGAACCAUCCAGCCCUUCCUCGAGAUUUCAGACCUGGACCUCGAGCGCCGCGAUGCCCAGGGCCGAACACUCCUACUUGCUGCAUCGCGUUGUGAAAUCGUUGGUACAGACUCCUUCGCAGUCACGUAUCCCCUCUAUGAGCCCAUUCCCAAGUAUAUCAGAAUCGUUGCUUACCCGGAGGGAGACAUCACACGAGCCAUGACGUUGUACAAGCGCGGGGCGGAUAUCACGGCCGUUGACCAUGCAGGAAAUAGCACGCUCCACCAUCUGGUAGCCGUGUAUUGUGACAGUGUAGCUGGGCAGAAACAAUAUCGACAGACGGUAGAAACCUUCGUCCGAAAAGCGCCCGAACUACUCCACCAAGCGAAUAAAGAAGGCAAAACGCCAGUGGAUAUCGCCCGGGGUGCUGAGCAGAAAUGGGCUCUGGAAGCGAUUCACAAUGCAGGUGUGGAGAUUGAAGACGCUUAA